AUGAGUGACGACCCUGGGAACGUGUCUGAGAAAUGUGAGGAUGCUGAGAAUGAUUCAGAGAUGAGUGAGGAUGCUGAGAAUGAUUCAGAGAUGAGUGAGGAUGCUGAGAAUGAUUCAGAGAUGAGUGAGGAUGCUGAGAAUGAUUCAGAGAUGAGUGAGGAUGCUGAGAAUGAUUCAGAGAUGAGUGAGGAUGCUGAGAAUGAUUCAGAGAUGAGUGAGGAUGCUGAGAAUGAUUCAGAGAUGAGUGAGGAUGCUGAGAAUGAUUCAGAGAUGAGUGGGGAUGCUGAGAAUGAUUCAGAGAUGAGUGAGGAUGCUGAGAAUGAUUCAGAGAUGAGUGGGGAUGCUGAGAAUGAUUCAGAGAUGAGUGAGGAUGCUGAGAAUGAUUCAGAGAUGAGUGAGGAUGCUGAGAAUGAUUCAGAGAUGAGAGAGGAUGCUGAGAAUGAUUCAGAGAUGAGUGAGGAUGCUGAGAAUGAUUCAGAGAUGAGUGAGGAUGCUGAGAAUGAUUCAGAGAUGAGUGAGGAUGCUGAGAAUGAUUCAGAGAUGAGUGAGGAUGCUGAGAAUGAUUCAGAGAUGAGUGAGGAUGCUGAGAAUGAUUCAGAGAUGAGUGAGGAUGCUGAGAAUUAUUCAAAGAUGAGUGGGGAUGCUGAGAAUGAUUCAGAGAUGAGUGAGGAUGCUGAGAAUGAUUCAAAGAUGAGUGGGGAUGCUGAGAAUGAUUCAGAGAUGAGUGAGGAUGCUGAGAAUGAUUCAGAGAUGAGUGAGGAUGCUGAGAAUGAUUCAGAGAUGAGUGAGGAUGCUGAGAAUGAUUCAAAGAUGAGUGAGGAUGCUGAGAAUGAUUCAGAGAUGAGUGAGGAUGCUGAGAAUGAUUCAGAGAUGAGUGGGGAUGCUGAGAAUGAUUCAGAGAUGAGUGAGGAUGCUGGAGACAAGUCUCGGAUGAGUAAGUAUUCUAGGGCCGAGCCUCAGAUUAGUAAAGACGCUGAGGACGAGAAGAAGAUGAGUAAGGAUGAUGGGUAG